UGAUCCCAAUUACUCCACGGCUCUUAAUGCCUGAUGGCCUCUCAUCAAACCAUUGAAUUCGGGUCCGAACCCGCCUAGUCGGGUCCGCUCGCAGCCGAACACCCAGCUAUUCAACAGCCUCACCCGGUUCUCCCCACAAGAUCCAGUGGGCCUGAUGUUGGUCAGACUUUUCCUGAACUUUGGGUGCGAGAAAAGGCCAAUCGCUGACCUCGGCGCGGGUUUCUUUUUCCUGUUUGGGGUUUCCCCAUUUUCCCAAGCUUCCUUUCCCCUUCUUUUUUUUUUUAUCCCGCGCUCCUCUUUCGUCGUAUAUUUAUUAAUUGGAGACAUUCCUGGCGUGUCGGUGUCUCCAUCAGUGUUUCGUUGGACUCUGUGCGACCCGCAAACUCCCCUACGUUUCGGACCCUUCCACCCUUCCCCCCCUCAACGCUCGACAGGACGGUCGAAUAUGUCCUUUCCUCGACCGAUCCGCAAGAGUUCUUUGAAGCGCCUGAGAAUGGUCGAGAAGUCGCGAUCUUGACCCGUGUUUGCAUAUCAGAUCGCGCCUGGUUACGAUCGGCAAGAUGAACAGCCGCAGAGAGGCCAUCACCAUUGUGACCGCUCUCUUCCUGGCACUGUCGUGCAUCACCGUCUCUCUCCGAUGCUAUGUGCGGUUACGACUCAUGCGCGCGUUCGGGUGGGAUGAUGG